AAGGAGGCGGAGGCGGAGGCCAGUUCCCCAGCUCCAGCCGCCGCGCCUGCACCGUUGCAGCCGCGGUCGCCGCCCGUCAGCCUCCCCCAGGUCGGAGAGCGCGCGCGAGCUCGGGCGCCCCCGCCCAGCCUCCCCAGGAGCAACCAUGAACCCCAACUGCGCCCGGUGCGGCAAGAUCGUGUACCCCACGGAGAAGGUGAACUGUCUGGAUAAGUUCUGGCACAAAGCAUGCUUCCAUUGUGAGACCUGCAAGAUGACCCUAAACAUGAAGAACUACAAAGGCUACGAGAAGAAGCCCUAUUGCAACGCACACUACCCCAAGCAGUCCUUCACCAUGGUGGCCGACACCCCAGAAAACCUUCGCCUCAAGCAGCAGAGCGAACUUCAGAGCCAGGUGCGCUACAAGGAAGAAUUUGAGAAAAACAAGGGCAAAGGCUUCAGCGUGGUGGCGGACACUCCUGAGCUCCAGAGAAUCAAGAAGACCCAGGACCAGAUCAGCAACAUAAAGUACCACGAGGAGUUCGAGAAGAGCCGCAUGGGCCCCAGUGGCGGCGAAGGCGUGGAGCCGGACCGCAGGGACUCGCAGGACAGUGGCGGCUACCGGCGGCCCCCGGAGCAGCACUCACAGCCGCACCACAUCCCGACCAGUGCCCCCGUUUACCAGCAGCAGCAGCAGCAGCAGCAGCAGGCAGCUCCGUCAUAUGGCGUGCCCACGGCUCCUGGCUCCAUACAGCGCAGCGCCCCAGGUGGUGGUGGGAAGCGGUACCGCGCAGUAUAUGACUACAGCGCCGCGGACGAGGACGAGGUCUCCUUCCAGGAUGGCGACACCAUUGUCAACGUGCAGCAGAUUGACGACGGCUGGAUGUAUGGCACCGUGGAGCGCACAGGCGACACAGGGAUGCUGCCCGCCAACUACGUGGAGGCCAUCUGAGCCCGUGCCCGCACCUCCACCCGCCGCCUCGCCUGUCGCCUUCCCUGUCUCUGUCUUUUAAGAUCUGCAACAGCUUGUUUGCCCCACCUCCUCCAGCUGCUCUGGCUGGCCCUGCCGUCCUGCGGGCGCCCUCUCUGCCAGUCCCCCCAACAGCAGGGCUGGGACUGCACCCGAGGCUGCCUUUCCCGCCCCGGCCACCUGCCUGUCCUCCAGCCCCAGGCUGCACCACUCACCCCCUGGUGGGGGCCCUGAGGCAGGUGGUCCAUCCUUUUUUCAUCUAGGGGGCACCCUUCCUCCCCUUUGCCACCUCCAGGGCCACCAGAGAGUAGAGUGCCCGCUCAAGAGCAUCUUUGCCCCCCCCCCCCCCCCCCCGCCCUUGAGCAUUUGCUUGCUGCCUGCAGAGAACUCUGGAUCAGGUUUUCAGGGGUAGCUACGGGAAAGGGAGGAGCCCUUUCCCUGCCUCGUCCCCCCUAGUCCCCAAUCCUCUGAGGAUUCCCCUGGUCUCCCCUCCCCUCCCCAGUGCCAUGAGGCCCUGGAGCUAGCAGGAGCCACAGGGACCUUGGUGUCUCCAAGGUGGUGCAUGGGGCUGUGACAGGCAAGGACCCACAGGGGCAGGGUGAGCGGUGCCCUGGCACUGGGCAAGGAGAAGGCCGUGCUGGUCAGCAGUGUGUUCUCUUCCUGGGCCCUGAAGGACCCGAGUCGCCCAUGCUGAUGGCGCCUUGGACCAACCCCCCCCCCCAACCUCCCAUGUAGCAAGGUGGGGCCCUGGGCUCCUGACCAGAAGCAGAUUUCGGGCAGAGGCAGAAGUUGGUGCUAUGCCUGGGUUCUUCCUGCAGCUGGGACUUGCCUGGCUUCAUUCAUCUCGAGUCUCGUCGCUCCCCUGGGCUCCUCUUAGCUUUGCCCGGAGUCUGGCCCCAGCUGGCACCCAGUGUUGGGGACCCUGCACAGCCCCCGUGCUGAGCCACAGCGGAUGCCCUACCCCAUGCACACCUGACCUGCAGGUGGGCAGCUGAUGUUACCCUGGGGCUCUACAGUAGGGGCGCUGUUUGUCCUCUUGGUCACUUUGGAGACAGGAGAAGCGCUGGUCAACUCCAUUUCCUUUUGAUUUCAAAGCACAACGUGGAUCUGGGGACCAGAGGUCUGGGACAUGGCCUAUGGGGGUGGGGCUUCCUCCUGAGGGACCAGAGCACUGGUGACCUCAAAAUUCCCUUCCUAAUCAACACAAGCAGCUGCUCCUUCUGCGUCUUGCCCUAAGAAGGGGACGUGUGCCCACGAAUGGGGGCUCUCGCUGGUGCUGAGGGGCCCAGGACCCUGCCUGGACCCACCGCCCUAGGCACAGGAUCUCACCCUGGGCUUCUUGGGCAGGGACCUUUUAGGCACCCUCAUCCGGGGAUCCAAGAGGCUGGGAGUUAGAAUGUGACCAUGAUUUUCGGGACCAAUCCUCCACGGUGACACCCGUGGGCUCUCCCAAUACCACUUCCUGGUUUCCCCCUCACGUCCCUCCAGGAAAAACUCCUUUAGUGCUUCAUUUCUGCCUCUUUCACAUAAUGCACUUUGGGGCCUUUUUUUUUUUUAAUAGCUGGA